GCACCGAGAUGUGAACAGACUAUGAAAGCGUUAGUUGUAUAAACGAAUUGAUGAGGUUCGCAGAUUAUAUACACUUAUAUCGAAAUUUGAUGAAAUACUUUGAAGGAAUAAAAAAUUAAAAUGGUUUUUGACAGUGAAUUAAAGAUGUAUGUGUCACAGAGGAUAUCUGUAAUAAGCAAUAUUUACGAUACACGAAAUUCAUUUAAGUGUUAAGAUUUAUACAGUCAAGAUAAACAAGAUCGAUUCCUGAUGGAACUGCUUCAGGUGGUCGCUAUUGUGAGCACACUUUCAACAAUAGUUGAAGGUCUCCAGUGCUGGCACUGUAUUGCUGACGACUGCUCUGACGACCCGAGUGGAAACUACAAGGCCACAGAGAAAUUGUGUAUCGCUGAACAAGCAUGUCAAAAAGUAUACUUUGAGAUGCUAGAAGAAACUGAGAGGGGCAACUUUAUUCACACGUCGACAGUACGAGGAUGUUCAAGUGGGUGUAAGUCACGUAACGACUUUAGCAACUGCACACAUCAACAACGAACGUCACGUGGAUGUGUCCGGAAGGACUGUUGUAGUGAUACUGACCUGUGUAACAGUGCAAACACUUUGCAGAUUGGUUUGUCAUUACCUAUGAUCAUUAUGAUUUUUGCAAUAGAGCAGGCAUUGUGAAGAAAUGUGUCAUUGUCUGUGGUGGUGGUGAUUCGCGUAAAAAUGCAAAGGUUAUGAGAACUGGCGUGUCUUUUUCUGUGAGGAUUUGUAACGGUGCGAAACAGUGUGAAGAUGAGUUUGUGAUUUGCAUUGAUUAUUAAGAAUUAUGAAACACUGCAAACUUUGUGCAGGUGGGUGUGUCUUUGUAUGUUAACCUGAUGAUUUUGCGGAUAAUGUAGUAAUUUGUGAGCAUGAGUGAGUUGCGUCAUAGCCUGACAAGUGUAAAUAUGACGAUCGCCUCCCAUGGUCUGUGCUGAUUGCGAUUGUGUGACAGUGACACAGGCGUAAGACUGUUUGUAAUCAUUUUAUCACGUUUUUGUGUGUGAACAGUAGAGAAACACACAUUUGAUUAAUUUUUGAUUUCUUUUAAAGCUGUGUACUUUUCAAUACGGGUGCAGCAGCAAACUUGUUUCAGACAGAUUCAUACUGAGCUGCAACGAUUAUAUAUGCAUUGAUGCUAUUUUUGACGUUUCUCGCUUGUUUUUAUGUGUAGAAAUCGUGUUUAAGCUUUACAACAUCCAUAUUUAAUGAUUGAGUUCCAUUUCAUGUAAAUAUGUUUAUAUUUCCUCUUAAGAUAGACAUUUCAUGUUAAACUGUCAAAAGAAUAGCGCCUUAAUCAUCCAGGUUUUCUUUUAAACUGAAGAAAUGUUGUUUUGGGGCAUUGUUAGGAUCGAAUCAAAUCUAAUGUAAUAUAUCUCUUUGAUGAAUAUGUAUCGUGACUUGGGUUCAAAAAUCAUAUUUAAGUGAUUGAGUUCAAUUUGAUAUCACAGAAAUGUAAAAUCCAUAACUUUUGCGUAAAAUUGGUAACAAACAAGAUACAAUUUACACCGACUUUAGGAUUUCACAAAACUGAAUAAGUAGUCUUUUAGGUAUUGAUUAUAUCUUAUUUAAUAUUGUGUUUGUAGUAUGUAUUUGGUGAUUGGCUGAUAUCAUAGAGAAGUGUCUGAGUAUUUGUCAACUUCACAUAAUGAUAUUGAUUAUUAUUCUAUUGAUCGUUUGCUGAAUAUGGC